UAAUGCUUUAUUAUUCAAUCAGUUUGUAGUUAUGUUCAGACUCGUUCUAACCUGUGCUCGGAUGAAAACAUUUGACCAUUGUUUUUCACGUACUGUAUACCUGAGUAAAGUAACUUACUUAUGCAAUGUUUUCCGGCCACCGAUUAUCAAUGUUUUUAAUUGUACACACACCAAUAGCAAAUCAACCGAUAAUGGUGAACAAGAAAGUCCGAAUAGUUCGAAGCGAAAACGAGAUAGUACAGAUACCAGCGAGUCUUCCAGUCCUCCGGUAUCUAAGAAGUUGGAAAAAGCAUCAGAGACAACACCUUCACCAAGAAAAAAGGCAAAUGGGAAAAUGCCAAAGAUCAAAUUGUCACCUGGUACACCCAAAGAAAAUGAAAAGAGGAAAGCAAAAACUCCACUUACCGCUUCUAAAAAGAAAAAGAAAAUGGAAAAAGUUAAAGAUACUGUAAAGAAAAUUAGUACAAAACAGAAAAAAGAGGAAAACGAAAAUGUGAAUGAAGAGAAGGAAGAUUCAGAUUCAGAGAAUAAAAUAAAGUCUGAUGUAGAAGAUAAAAAGCACACAGAUUCCCCAAAAAAUGAAUCAUUGAAAUCUUCCUCUGAUGAAUCUAGCAUAAAAAAAGUUAAACAGAAUACUAAAAAAGUUGUCAAAAAACGAUCAAGGAUAAUAGCACCUAUUGAUGAUUCCAGUGAUGAAGAUGGUCACUUACCAGUGAAGAUACUAGACAAUUCGAAGUCAAAAAUUAAUGAAACGGAAAAAAAUAGACAAGAUGGAAAAAAAGAAUCUGAUUAUGAAAUUCAAGAAGAAUCUAGUAGUGAAGAGAAAAAUGGACGCGAAAAAGAAAGUCCAAAAAAACCUGCUAAGAAAAUACAUAAUUUCUUUGCCCCAAAGCAAAAGGAGAAUGAAAAAAAUAGCAAUGAAGAUAAGAAGAAGUCUACGAGCCAUACUUAUGAUCCUAGUGCUUCUAAGUAUCAUCCAAUAAAUGAUGCGUUUUGGAAGCAGGGUGAAAAAGUUCCAUACAUUGCAUUAACACGGACAUUAGAACUGAUAGAGGACACGAGCGCUCGAUUGAAGAUAAUAGAAAUUUUGUCCAACUACUUUCGAUCUGUUAUAGCUCUAAGCCCAAACGAUUUACUUCCAAGUUUAUAUUUGUGUCUCAACCAACUUGCACCCGCUUACGAAGGAAUCGAAUUGGGUGUAGCGGAAACGAAUCUCAUGAAAGCUAUUGCACAAUGUACUGGUCGUACAUUGGCUCAAAUAAAGGCUGACGUGCAUCAAGUCGGAGACUUGGGCAUCGUGGCGGAGGGAAGUCGUUCGAAUCAAAGAACUAUGUUUCAACCAGCUCCUCUAACAGUAUCAACCGUGUAUACCAAAUUAAAAGAAAUCGCACAAAUGACUGGCAAUGCGUCUUUAUCGAAGAAACUGGAUAAGAUUCAAACACUUUUCGUAGCAUGCCGAUUUACUGAAGCUAGAUACCUCAUUAGGUCUUUGGCUGGAAAGCUUCGAAUUGGUCUGGCUGAACAAUCUGUAUUGCAAGCUUUAUCGUUAGCAUGCGCGAUGACUCCACCAAAUCAGGAGUCACCACCAGAAAUUUUGGACGCGAGUAAAAAGAUGUCUAGUGAUGCCUUCAAGCAAAAGUAUGACAAGAUCGCGCUUAUUAUUAAAACAACAUAUUGUGAAUGUCCAAGUUAUGAUAAAAUUGUCCCUGUUUUGUUGAAAGAGGGAGUUAAGGAGUUACCUAAAGAAUGCAAAAUUACGCCAGGUAUUCCUAUGAAACCUAUGUUAGCGCAUCCAACUAAAGGUGUUCAGGAGGUUCUAACGCGUUUCGAUGGACUGAAAUUCACUUGUGAAUGGAAGUAUGAUGGAGAAAGAGCACAGAUUCAUUUUGCUGAGAAUGGGAACAUUAGCAUUUACAGUAGGAAUCAAGAAAACAACACUACGAAAUAUCCUGAUAUUAUAGGACGAUUCAAGAAUACAAAAGGAGAGGACGUUAAAAGCUGCAUUCUCGAUUGUGAAGCAGUUGCUUGGGAUACUGAAAAACAACAGAUUCUUCCAUUCCAGAUACUCAGUACCAGAAAGCGUAAGGACGCGAAUGAGGCAGAUAUUAAAGUACAAGUAUGUGUGUUCAUAUUUGACUUGUUAUAUCUAAAUGGAGAACCGCUGGUGAAAGAGCCUUUCAUAAAACGACGCGAGUUGUUAAAAGCAAAUUUUAAAGAAUCAAAUGGGGAAUGGAAAUUUGCAACCUGUUUGGAUACUACUACAAUGGAAGAAGUGCAGAGCUUUUUAGACGAAUCGGUCAAAGGAAAUUGCGAAGGUCUUAUGGUUAAGACCUUAGAACGGGAUGCAACAUAUGAGAUAGCUAAGCGUUCUCGAAACUGGUUGAAAUUGAAGAAAGAUUAUUUGGACGGUGUCGGAGAUACAUUAGAUGUAGCUGUUAUCGGUGGAUACAUAGGGAAGGGUAAAAGAACAGGAACUUAUGGAGGAUUUCUCUUGGCCUGUUACGAUAAAGAGAACGAGGAAUAUCAAAGUGUCUGCAAAAUUGGUACUGGAUUCAGCGAAGAAGACCUGCAGAAGCACACUGAAUCCUUGAAAGAGCACAUAGUGCCGCAACCCAAGUCUUAUUAUAGAUAUGAUUCGUCUCACGAACCUGAUCACUGGUUUGAACCAGUCCAAGUUUGGGAGAUAAAAUGCGCAGACUUGUCCUUGUCACCUGCUCAUAAGGCAGCACUUGGUAUUGUGGAUCCAGAAAAGGGCAUAUCUCUAAGAUUCCCUCGAUUUAUUCGUAUUCGUGAUGAUAAAAACGCCGAAGAUGCCACUUCAGCGCAACAAGUAGCUUCUAUGUACAGCAGUCAAGAACAGAUAAAAAACCAAACCUCUGGAACGAAGGCCACAGAGGAAGACUUUUACUAGAUACAUGUAUACGCAAAACAAUUUUACACUCAUGACCGAAUGCACUAUUUUAUAAAAAAAUGUGGAAGCUGGAUUAAUGUAAAAUAUAUGGUUUUGCUAUUGUUUGAAUCCUUGUAAGAUUGUAUUAUGGAUGAUAUUAAAAUUAGGAAGUGUACUUUGAGUUGUAAAUGUAAGAUUAAAAGAUGAUAUUCACGUAACGAAA